GUCGAAUAUCGACUGGAUCGCGGACGACGCCGCGCUCGCGCGAAACUAACCGAGGAAAUGGCGUAGGGUGAAAUGAGGAUCGUCCCUACGUAGACUAACCAACAUCCACACUCUUUCGUUGACGGUCUUUAUCUACAGCACAUUCGAUCGAGUCUAGUCAUCUCGUUUCAUCUUAUUCUCCUAUCCUUGACGUCUCGCUUCUACCUGCUCUGGAAUUCGACCAAUAGCGUCAAGUAUGUGUUUGUGCGUCGGCGAUGUAACCGUACCCUUCUCUUCUCGUAGCGUACAGUGUACAGUCAUUAUUUUCUCAACUCCUGGAGAGUAACAUAGCACAAUCGGGGUCGCUGGCUUUUACAAUAUACGUGUUAUAGUACGUCUACGUCGUGCGUGUACUAUCGUCGCGUGUGUAUCAAUAACAACUCUAAUUCUUCCGGUUUUAUCAGUACUGUCAUAUAUUACCGCAUUCUAAAUAGUAUGUCAAGACAAUAUCACUAACAAGACGAAUAAAUAAUCUGUUUAAAUUCAGAUUUAUUAUUUUAUCCUUUCUGCUACGAUUGGUUUCCUAAAUAUAAUCUAUACAUGUUUAUUACGAUAAAUUCAUUAAUUGAUAUAUGAUAUUGUUGGUACCAUAAGUGACACAUUAUUCUAAAAUAUAUUUUUUACCCUGUAAAAAAUAAAAUUACAGAGAAUUAAAAAAAAAAAACUUGAAAGUUUGUUGGAGUGAAAAACAUUAUGAGGCGGUUACUGCGUGGUGUGUUCCUCGUGACGGCAUUUUUUAUUGUAAUUGUCAGGACCGAAGGCAAACGAAAAUUCGACGGCGACUUUGAAUUUGCUGAAGAGGAUGACACAAGAAUCAUGAAAGUUGGGGACAAAAAAAAGUGGAUUCAUGAUCCGAGUAGUGAAUUAUGCCGACCAUUAAAUUGCAAAAAAAAAGAAUUGUGUCUUUUGGAAGAUACAUUUACUGCUGUCUGUGUUUCGAAGAAAGAACUCCAUAAAUCUGGUGACAUUGUAAUUCCUAAAUCUCGAGCUAUGCAACAGAGAAGGAUGCGAACAGAUACUUCAGUAGACAGUGAAGAUGACGACGCUUUCUUUGAUUCUGAAGAUGAUGAAGAUGAAGAUCAGGAUGAAACUAAAUGUCAAGAGUGCCCAGUAGUGAAACCAAACUUCCUCUGUGGAAUUGACAACCGCACAUACAGUUCCCCUUGUCGUCUCGAGUACCACAACUGUAUUCAUCAUACUUCAGUCCACAUCGCGUGCAAAGGAUUCUGCCCAUGCAAAGGAGGAUCAGAUCUUAAAGUACACACAAAAAAAAUUCCCCCUACUAAACUUCAAAAGAAUAUUUUGGGAAAAACUGGUCGGAAUCGCGAUAUUACCCUUACUCCACGAGAUUUCAACUAUGACAAUCAUCAUUAUCAAUAUCUUAAGUACAGCAAACGUCCAAAGGGAUUAGGAAUCAACAGCAAGUACGAAGAUGACAUAAAGCAUUCAAUGAGUAACGAAAUAAGUAAAAAUCCAGCAACCUUGAAGCCUACUUUCGAUUCCCCUGAAGCCAAGUUCAAUCGAUUACGAAACACAGAUUGUCCACCCUCCUCUAGACCAGCAAUGGCUAAUCGAUUGUUGGACUGGUUUUCAGUGGUAAUGGCUGAUGCUAAAUACCGUCGUCAACACUCUAAGUCUAAGGGCCAUUUCCCCAUCGGAUGCCAGCCAGAAGUCAGAUGGAUGUUUGGACAUUUAGAUAAUGAUGAAGAUCGCCGAAUCUCCUUGGCAGAGCUGUACAGCCUUGAGCAUGACCAAAAUGAGCCAUGUCUCAAACCCUUCCUUGACGCAUGUGAUACUGAUGGUGACAUUUUCGUAAGUGGACCAGAAUGGUGUGGGUGCUUUUCGAAAGCAGAAAGACCAUGUGCUGCGGUUCGCAGGCGUUCUUCUCCUGAUGUUGCACCAGCUUGCGAUUCUCGAGGAUAUUAUCGCAGUGUCCAAUGUCAUCGUGGACUAGGUUUGUGUUGGUGUGUCGAUCCCCAUGGUGUGGAAUUUGCAGGUACUCGCACUCGUGGUUCCAAACCAGACUGCGGUAAGUAUGCGAUCGUCAGCAAGAUAAGUAAUGAUGCUCUGAAGACCAAUAGUGUAAACCUCGAAAAUGAAAUUAAUGACUACGACGAUGAAGAUGAUGGCAUAGAUUCUGCAAAUGAUCUCGAAGGUUCAGCGGAUCAGCCCCUCGAUUUUUAAACUUUUAAGUUUUUUUUUUAAAUUAGUUAUUUGAGCACCUUGAUAUUAAUUUUAUUUUUUUUUCUCCAAGAACUGAUAAUUAAAUUAAACAUAACAAUCAAUUGCUCGAGGUCUUCGUAAUAAUUAUGAUAAUAAUUCAUAAUAAUUUUGUCAAUAGUAAAGUCUGUUGAAGAAACGUCGAAUUUAAUUAUCGUGAACUUUAAUUAAUUAUAAAUGCACCCCGCCGUCCUUCAUUAACGUGCAAUUGCGAUAAGGGACGGUUUUAAUAUUAAAAAAUCAGGUUUCUACACAUGUUUUUAAUUAAUUAUCAACAUGUACACCAAACUGUCGUAUUAUCUUUACGCAUAAAAAUCCUAUUUAAUAACGUAAUAAGGUAAAAAAUUAAAAUUUCGCAUCAGAAACCACAUUCAUUAAACAUAAAACUAUUAAAAAUAAAACUACCAGUAAUUUGUAUGACUUAAUAAGUGUCAAUGAAAAUAUUAAAAUAAGAAAAUAAUUACAGUCGAUAAUACAUUCCUUAAGUUAAAAAGUAUGUAUUAAGUGAUCUUACUUGAUAUUAUUUGUAAUCAUUAGACUAAUAACGCCACAGAUAAUAUUAAUACUAAACACGAUAUCAAAACAUCAUUCAUCUUCAGCCUUAAAAUAGUAUUAAAAAUAUUAUUAUUGUAAUUUUUUUUUUUAAACUGCGACCAUCUUAGUUAUUAAAAAAUCUAAAAUAUCAAAUCGCUUAAUCAAUGUCGCAUUAAAUGCUCACAUUCAUGAUCUAUUUUUUAAAAUUUAUUUCUGCUGAUAAAAGUGUUUUAUUUAUAAAUUUAUAGUAGCUAC